AUGGCAAGAGGUAGAGAGAGAGCAGGUGACAUCCUUGCCGCCGUGGCAUCCGCCACCUCAGUGGUGACCGUACUUAUCGGGUCGAUCUAUCUCUAUUGGCAUUUCCCCUCCUUCACGCUGAAAUUCGAAGAAUGCUACUUCGAGAAUCCGGACGAGUACACAUACUGGGUUGAUUGCAACUCCACCUGGUCGAACAACUGGGGCAUGGUUGGAAUUCCCGUCUGGGUUCCAUUUUUCGUGGGCGUGGCAGGCACCUUGAUGUACUACCCUAUGAUGAUGGAGGUGGUCGGAUUCCCAAAGAACUUUCUUCAGCACGGCAUCUUUCUGAUCAUUCAGGCAUUCUUUGCAAACAUCGGCUACUGUGGGAAGCUGGGCGUGGCAACAGGCUUCGUCAGCAUCGCGGUUGGCAUCAUCGCCAUCAUCGCUAGUGGCUUCCACAUCAAGAGCACGCGUAUGAAGGCCUUGGAAAGCAACAGCAAGGGCAUGACCUACCAACUCCAGCAGGACGAGAGCGAGGACUCUGAGGAAGAUGAGAGCGAGUGA